CUUGCAGGACUACAGUCGAGGUUUUGUGCGAUAAAGCGCGCCUUCACGUGUGUGGAAAACUUUAUCGUAUAUUUUGGUGGUUUUUUUUUCUGGACGAGCGUUGGGUUUUGCUUGUUGGCGUUAUGGGGGAGGUGUCUUGAGAUUACCGAGUGAUUUGUGUCUUGGAAGAUAUCGGGAAUCCUCACCUAAUGAACCUGAAGAGACAAAGCCAUAGAUAAGGCAUGGAUCUCUGUUCUGGCUGCCUCAGAUUGUGGUGUAAAUAUGAUCAGUUUUAACUGUCUAUAAGGAAAUGACGAAUUACCCACAAUGUUUCGUUGUAUUGUGCCUCAUAUUUCUAACUUCCAAAAUAGCUAUCACCGUAAAAAUAAAUCGCCUUGUUGUCCCCGAUCUGGUCCAUCUGGGAGAACCUACGGUUUUAGACUGCGAUUAUAGGAUGGAAGACGAAGAAGAAAGGGAACUGGUUUUGAAGUGGUAUCUUAAUGAAAAAUUGGUGUACCAAUGGAUACCAAGUACAAAACCGCACACUUUAGGGAUCCUGAAAGGCAGAGUGAACCUGAAUUAUUCGGCGAGCAGCGAUACCAACAGCGUGCAUCGCGCCCUAAAUAUUAUCCAGCCUGGACCGGACCUCUCCGGGGACUAUACGUGCCUCGUAUCCACUUUCACCAGCGAGGACAGACAGACGAAAAGAAUGCUGGUGUUUGCUCCUGGAAAAGACAUGCAGUUGAAAAAAGAGACCAAAAGGAACGGCCUUGUGGAAAUCUCUUGCUCAGCUAAAGAUGUCUUCCCUCAGCCAACCAUGAACCUACACGUGAACAACAGCGAGGUUGACAACUCGACGUUGUCAAUUGUCAAAAGAUCUGGUCUCUACGAUGUUCGGAUAGCGACAGAGAUGCCUGCGUUGACAACUGCAGAAGAGUUCACCUGCAAAAUGUACAUUCCCUUGGCCAAUUAUACUGUUAGGAAGGAAGCGAUAUACUACCCAGCAGCCAGUUCGUGUUUUGCGCUCAGGGGUCACUACGCCGUCACUGUGCUGAUUGUCAUGCUCCCUUUAAUAUGGUUUUGAACUAUGGAUCCACAUCACACCUUCUCACUGAAUAAGUAUUCUUCCAUUAAAGUAUUACGAGAAUUAUGUUAUUGUCCUCUAAUAAAUUGUGUACAUUUUUUAAA